GAGGGCAGCUUGAUAAGAGCAAGGAAACAGUGUCAAGGAGCGAUACCAAGAGGAGAACAGAAGACGUGAAUGCAGCCUCGUUUCCUGCCACAUGCAGGUGGUAGCUGCAGCAGCGGGGAUUGCAUAGUCUCUCAUUUGGGGCAGAAAAUGGAGUUCUGUGGCAGAGGCUUCUUAGAAGCUUAAACCCCUGUCCCAAUGACGUCAAGUUCACCUGUUGGCUUGGAAGGUUCAGACCUGUCUUCCAUCAACACCAUGAUGUCAGCGGUCAUGAAUGUAGGGAAGGUCACCGAGAAUGGCCGGAGCCCCCAGAGUGUCAAGUCCCCUGCGAAGCCUCCAGGACCAAAUCGGAUUGGCAGAAGGAACCAGGAAACGAAAGAGGAGAGGUCUUCCUAUAACUGCCCCCUGUGUGAAAAGAUUUGCACUACCCAGCAUCAGUUGACUAUGCACAUUCGUCAGCACAACACGGACACCGGAGGCGCCGACCACUCAUGCAGCAUCUGCGGGAAGUCGCUGAGCUCGGCCAGCUCCCUGGACCGCCACAUGCUGGUGCACUCUGGCGAGAGGCCUUACAAAUGUACCGUGUGUGGUCAGUCUUUCACCACCAACGGGAACAUGCACAGACAUAUGAAGAUUCAUGAGAAGGACCCUAAUGGUGCAGCUGCAGCCCCUCCGUCCCCUCUGAAGCGCAGGAGGCUGUCCUCCAAGAGGAAACUGAGUCACGAUGCCGAGUCAGAGAGAGAAGACCCAGCGCCAGCUAAAAAGACGGUAGAAGAUGGGCAGUCGGGUGACAUGGAGAAGAAGGCUGACGAAGUCUCCCACUGCCCAGUAUGCUUCAAGGAGUUUGUCUGCAAGUAUGGACUGGAGACCCACAUGGAGACCCAUUCAGAUAACCCACUCAGAUGUGACAUCUGCUGCGUCACCUUCCGAACACAUCGCGGACUGCUGCGCCACAAUGCGCUUGUCCACAAACAGCUCCCCAGGGACGCGAUGGGAAGGCCUUUCAUACAGAACAACCCUUCCAUUCCUGCUGGCUUCCACGACUUGGGAUUCACUGACUUCUCCUGCAGGAAGUUUCCUCGCAUUUCCCAGGCCUGGUGUGAAACAAACCUGCGAAGGUGUAUCAGCGAGCAGCACCGUUUCGUCUGCGACUCCUGUGACAAGGCAUUCCCCAUGCUGUGCUCUCUGGCCCUGCACAAGCAGACCCACAUCGCCACAGACCAGGAACGGGAAAAGCUGCCUGCCAAGCCCCUGCCUGGCGACACCCUGGACCAGAAGGUCUUCCUGGCCUUGCUGGGCCUGCAGCACACCAAAGACGCCAGGCCCACCCCCGCCGAGGAGCCCCUGCCUGACGACAACCAAGCAAUACAGCUCCACGCACUCAAGUGUCAGCUACCUCAGGACCCCGGCUGCGCCAAUGCGCUGAGUCUGUCACCUUUCGAAGCUGCUUCCCUGGGCGGUUCUCUCACGGUCCUCCCAGCCACCAAGGAGAACAUGAAGCAUCUGUCCCUGCAGCCCUUCCAGAAGGGCUUCAUCAUCCAGCCCGACAGUAGUAUUGUGGUCAAGCCCAUCUCGGGAGAGUCUGCCAUCGAGCUGGCCGACAUCCAGCAGAUCCUGAAAAUGGCUGCCUCGGCCCCCCCUCAGAUCAGUCUUCCGCCUCUCUCUAAGGCCCCUGCCGCCCCCCUGCAGGCCAUUUUCAAGCACAUGCCUCCUCUGAAGCCAAAGCCCCUGGUCACACCGCGCACGGUGGUGGCAGCCUCCACGCCCCCGCCUCUCAUCAACACCCAGCAGGCCUCCCCGGGCUGCAUCAGCCCCAGCCUCCCCCCGCCGCCGCUGAAGCUGCUCAAAGGCUCGGUGGAGGCAGCCUCGCACGCCCACCUGCUGCAGUCCAAGUCCGGGGCCCAGCCCGGCCCGGCCUCGCUCUUCCUGCAGCAGCCGCGGGCCGAGCUGCCAGGCCAGCCUGAGAUGAAGACACAGCUGGAGCAGGACAGCAUCAUCGAGGCCCUGCUGCCCCUGAGCAUGGAGGCCAAGAUCAAGCAGGAGAUCACGGAGGGGGACCUCAAGGCCAUCAUGACGGGCCCCGGCAGCAAGAAGGCGCCCGCCAUGCGCAAGGUGCUGUACCCCUGCCGCUUCUGCAACCAGGUGUUUGCCUUCUCGGGGGUGCUACGCGCGCACGUGCGCUCCCACCUGGGCAUCUCGCCCUACCAGUGCAACAUCUGCGACUACAUCGCCGCCGACAAGGCCGCGCUCAUCCGCCACCUGCGCACGCACAGCGGGGAGCGGCCCUACAUCUGCAAGAUCUGCCACUACCCCUUCACCGUCAAGGCCAACUGCGAGCGCCACCUGCGCAAGAAGCACCUCAAGGCCACCCGCAAGGACAUCGAGAAGAACAUCGAGUACGUGAGCAGCGGCGCGGCCGAGCUGGUGGACGCCUUCUGCGCGCCCGACACCGUGUGCCGGCUGUGCGGCGAGGACCUCAAGCACUACCGCGCGCUGCGCACCCACAUGCGCACGCACUGCGGCCGCGGCCUGGGCGGCUGCCCCAAGGCCCACAAGCCCUUCGAGUGCAAGGAGUGCAGCGCCGCCUUCACCGCCAAGCGCAACUGCAUCCACCACAUCCUCAAGCAGCACCUGCACGUGCCGGAGCACGACAUCGAGAGCUACGUGCUGGCGGCCGACGGCGGCCUGGGCCCCGCCGAGCCUCCACCCACCGAGGCCCCCGGGAGAGGGGAGGAGGCCGGCUGUGCGGCCUCGGGCGACCGCAAGCCCCUCGCCGCCUUCCUGGAGCCCCAGAAUGGCUUUCUCCACGGGGGUCCCACCCAGCCUCUGCCGCCGCACGUCUCGGUCAAGCUGGAGCCCGCCAGCAGCUUCGCGGUGGACCUCAAUGAGCCCCUGGACUUCUCGCAGAAGGGCCUGGCCCUGGUCCAAGUGAAGCAGGAGAACGUCCCCUCCUUCCUGAGCUCUUCUUCCUUGGCCCCCUACGACUGCCCCAUGGAGCCCAUCGACCUGUCCAUCCCUAAGAACUUCAGGAAAGGAGACAAUGCAGCUACCCCCAGCGAAGCCAAGAAGCCGGAGCAGGAAGCCGGGAGCAGUGAGCAGCCCGCUCCCUGUCUGCCACCUUGCCCUGCCUUGCCGGUGACUUUGGGGCCCAACGGGAUCCUGGAAAACCCUGCAGUGCCUGCCACAACAGCCACCACCCUGGAGCCCCACUCCCAGGCCCUGCAGGGCUCCGUUCAGCUCGCUGUCCCCAUCUACUCCUCAGCUCUCGUGAACAGCCCCCCGCUCUUGGGCAACUCCACCGUCAUAAGCAACUCAGCCCUCCUGAGCAGCUCAGCCCUGCUGCGGCCGCUGCGGCCCAAGCCCCCCCUGCUCUUGCCAAAGCCCCCUGUGACAGAGGAGUUGCCCCCACUGGCCUCCAUCGCCCAGAUCAUCUCAUCCGUGUCUUCGGCCCCCACCCUUCUGAAAACCAAGGUGGCAGACCCAGGGCCCACGAGCACCAGCAGUAACACUGCAGCUUCAGACAGCUUUGGAAGCACCAUCCCUAAGGUCGCCACCACCCCCUCCGACACCACCAGCCCAAAAGAAUCCAGCGACCCAGCCCCUAUGGCCAGCAGCCCAGAAGCAGCCUCACCCACCGAGCAGGGGCCGGCUGGCUCAUCCAAGCGGAGGGGUCGGAAGAAGGUGCUCAGGAGCCGGUCCCAUGCCAGCAGCAGCGGGGUGGACCUAGACUCCAGCGGGGAGUUUGCCAGCAUUGAGAAGAUGCUGGCCACCACGGACACCAACAAGUUCAGUCCAUUUCUGCAGACUGCAGAGGAUGACACUCAGGAUGAGGUGGCUGGGGUCCCCGCCGACCACAAUGGGCCCAGCGAUGAAGAGCAGGGAAGCCCCCCAGAAGACAAGCUGCUGAGGGCAAAGCGGAACUCCUAUGCCAACUGCCUGCAGAAGAUCAACUGUCCCCACUGCCCCCGGGUCUUCCCUUGGGCCAGCUCCCUCCAGAGGCACAUGCUCACACACACUGGCCAAAACCCUUCCCUUGUCAAAAAUGCGAUGCCUUCUUUUCUACCAAAUCUAACUGUGAACGCCACCAGUUGCGCAAACACGGACUUACCACCUGUUCCCUGA